CGUGGCAGGUGGGGGGGGCUGGGGGCGGAGCCACGCCGCGGAGUUGCCGCAGGUAAACAGCCCCCCUCCCAGGCGGGAGCGGGCCGCGCGGCCCAGGCAGGAGAGCCGCCGCCGCCCCCGGGAGGGACGCAGGGCGCGGGCCGGCUACAGCGCACGGAGGGGGCGGCGGCGGCCCGGCGCCCUGGCAGCCCGACCCCUCUCUCGGGGCGGUAGACCCCCGAGCCCCGCCGCGUCCCCGCUGACAUCCCCCUUCCGGCGCCCCGUGCCCUGCGCCCCCGCGGUCACAGUCCCCUUCGCCCCCCCGCCGCCCUCUCCGGCGCGCGGCCCCGCCCGCGCCCCCCGCCCGAACCCCGCCGGGCCGCGCCCCCGCCCCCCAUGCACCACCUCCUGGAGCAGUCGGCGGACAUGGCGACCGCGCUGCUGGCGGGCGAGAAGCUGAGGGAGCUGAUCCUGCCCGGCUCGCAGGACGACAAGGCGGGCGCGCUGGCCGCGCUGCUGCUGCAGCUCAAACUGGAACUGCCGUUCGACCGCGUGGUCACCAUCGGCACCGUGCUGGUACCCAUCCUGCUGGUCACCCUGGUCUUCACCAAGAACUUCGCAGAGGAACCAAUUUACUGUUACACUCCGCACAACUUCACCCGUGACCAGGCGCUGUACGCCCGUGGCUACUGCUGGACAGAGCUGCGGGAUGCGCUGCCCGGCGUGGAUGCCAGCCUGUGGCCAUCGCUGUUUGAGCACAAGUUCCUGCCCUACGCACUGCUGGCCUUUGCUGCCAUCAUGUACGUGCCCGCACUGGGCUGGGAGUUCCUGGCCUCCACGCGCCUCACCUCUGAGCUCAACUUCCUGCUUCAAGAGAUUGACAACUGCUAUCACCGAGCCGCUGAGGGCCGUGCCCCCAAGAUCGAGAAGCAGAUCCAGUCGAAGGGGCCAGGCAUCACGGAGCGUGAGAAGCGAGAGAUCAUCGAGAAUGCUGAGAAGGAGAAGAGCCCUGAGCAGAAUCUGUUUGAGAAGUACCUGGAGCGCCGGGGCCGCAGCAACUUCUUGGCCAAGCUGUACUUGGCACGGCAUGUACUGAUCCUGCUGCUCAGUGUAGUGCCCAUCUCCUACCUUUGCACCUACUAUGCCACCCAGAAGCAGAAUGAGUUCACCUGCGCCCUGGGCGCCUCACCUGAUGGGCCAGUGGGUAGCGCUGGACCCACGGUGCGCGUCAACUGCAAGCUGCCAUCGGUGCAACUGCAGCGGAUCAUUGCGGGUGUGGACAUCGUACUACUCUGCUUCAUGAACCUCAUCAUCCUAGUCAACCUCAUCCACCUCUUCAUCUUCCGCAAGAGCAACUUCAUCUUUGACAAACUACACAAGGUGGGCAUCAAGACGCGCCGGCAGUGGCGCCGCUCACAGUUCUGCGACAUCAACAUCCUGGCCAUGUUCUGCAACGAGAACCGUGACCAUAUCAAGUCGCUCAAUCGGCUGGACUUCAUCACCAACGAGAGUGACCUGAUGUACGACAAUGUGGUGCGGCAGCUACUGGCAGCCUUGGCUCAGUCUAACCACGACACCACGCCCACUGUGCGGGACUCGGGCAUCCAGACCGUGGACCCCAGCAUCAACCCUGCAGAGCCUGAUGGCUCCGCUGAGCCACCUGUGGUCAAGCGGCCCCGUAAGAAAAUGAAGUGGAUCCCCACCAGCAACCCGCUGCCACAGCCCUUCAAGGAGCAGCUGGCCAUUAUGCGCGUGGAAAACAGCAAGGCUGAGAAGCCCAAGCCCGUACGCAGGAAGACAGCCACAGACACGCUUAUUGCCCCGCUGCUGGAUGCUGGUGCCCGGGCUGCCCACCACUACAAGGGUAGUGGGGGCGACCCCGGCCCCUCCCCUGCCCCACCUGCUGCCUCUGACAAGAAACAUACCCGUCACUUCUCCUUGGAUGUGCAUCCCUACAUCCUUGGCACCAAGAAGGCCAAGACUGAGGCAGUAGCCCCUGCCCUACCAGCCUCCCGGAGCCAAGAAGGUGGCUUCCUGUCCCAGACAGAAGAAUGUGGGCUGGGCCUGGCUGCAGCACCCACCAAAGAUGCUCCACCCCCCGAGAAGGAAAUCCCAUACCCCACAGAGCCUGCCCUGCCAGGGCUUCCAUCUGGGGGCCCAUUUCACGUCUGCUCACCCCCCGCGGCUCCUGCUGCUGCCCCCCUGUCACCAGGCAGUCUGGGCAAGGCUGAACCCCUCACCAUCCUCAGCCGAAAUGCCACCCACCCCCUGCUCCACAUCAGCACGCUCUAUGAGGCCCGGGAAGAGGAGGAAGGAGGUCCCUGUGCACCCUCAGACAUGGGCGACCUCCUCACCAUCCCCCCACCCCAGCAGAUCCUCAUCGCCACCUUCGAGGAGCCAAGAACAGUUGUGAGUACUGUGGAGUUUUGAGGGGCAGGGCCUUCCAGGCUGCCAAAAACUCUCUGCAUGAGCCAGGGAUGGCCCAGCUGAGCCUAGCCUUGAGUAGACCUGAACUCUGCUCACCCAGUACUGCCUACACCCCCAGCCUCCCGUCUGCAUGCCACGGGGCCCAGCACUCCUUCCACCUGGCUCACCAUGGCAUCCAUGGGUGCAGGCUGGGGCUAGAGCGCAAGGUGGGGGGGGUAGGGUGCCCACCCUGGCAUCAGGCGCCCCCUGUGUGCUGGGCCACAAGAGAAAGAGUUUAUUUUUUUCGUGGGUUUUGUUGUGUGCUGAGACAACUCAGCAGACCCAGUUGGGCCCAGCCUAGGGUGUGUGAGGAGGAAGCUGAGGAGGGUGGCACUGACCUCAGGACAGACCCCAGGGGUCACUCACUCAAGGGCCUGGACCCUGCAGAGGGACCUGAUGCCUUCAGGUGGGAGAACCGAGGGCUGCCCCAGGUCCAAAUCAACAUGCACUUUCUCCUCCUAGCCUGACACACACUUUAUUUUACUAUGAUUACUAUAACUGACGAGCUUAUUUAUCAUCAGGAGAAUUAGGGUGCAUUUAAAGCAAAGGAUGGUGUGUGUGUGUAUGUGUGUGUGUGUGUGUGUGUGUGUGUGUGUGUGUGUGUGUGAAGCAGAGGUGGCUGUGAGAGUCCAAGUAAGCAGGUGUGGGUAUAAGCACCCACCAGAGUGCUGCUCGAGAUUGCCAGAGGGCACAGUGCCCACGUGCCAGCAAGCUCAUGAACAAGUAGGGGACAAGCGUGGUGGGAGUGAGCCUGAGUGUGUGUGAGUGUGCGAGUGGCACCCACGUGAGCAGUGGGUGAGAGCAGGCAUAGGCACCAGGGUGCGAGUGGGGGGAAAGAAUACAAGGCAAUAACCACACCCCCCUCCCGGGUCCCAGCUGCUGGCCGGGCUGCUUCCCAUGGGAGUCCAGGCCCCACUGGCCCCGCCCCUAUUACCUCAGCCACGCGCCACGUGACGAAGUAUUAACAAGGUAGCACUGAGCAUAUCAAUAAAUCCUAUUCUGAUAA